AUGGGUACGGCCCGGCGCGAGACUUACACCUUCUCCCCCGGAUUUUCAAGGGCCGACGAGAGCUCACCGGGCGUGGGCCCCUCUCUCGGGACGAACCCAUUCCAGGGUGCCCGGCCCUUCACAAAGAAAAGAGAACUCUUCCCGGGGCCCCCGCCAGCUUCUCCGGGUUUGUUUGCGUUACCGCACUGUGCGCCUCGCGGCACCCGUUUCCGCCACUCCGGGUUCUGGGAUCUGAACCAGACUCCCUUUCGAUCGGCCGGGGGUGACGGAGGCCAUCGCCCCUCCCUUCCGAACGGCAGAAGGAAAAAAAUUUACGAAAUUGUCAGCCGAAACAAAAAUAGAUACCAGGAAGGUGGAUUCGACUUGGACUUGACCUAUAUUUAUCCGAACAUCAUAGCUAUGGGCUUUCCAGCUGAAAGACUUGAAGGUGUCUACAGAAACAACAUAGAUGAUGUAGUGCGAUUCUUGGAUUUGAAGCAUAAAAAUCAUUACAAAAUAUAUAAUCUAUGUGCAGAAAGACAUUAUGAAAGACAUUACAUAAGGUGGGCGCGAGAACCGUCUGAUCCUCCAGAUCGUAGCGCGAUCUUAAUGAGUGGGAAGCAGCUCGUUCCUCUGCAAACAAGGCGAGAGGAGAAGUACAUGUACUUUGACUUUCCACAGCCACUGCCUGUGUGCGGAGACAUCAAGGUGGAGUUCUUCCACAAGCAGAGCAAGAUGAUGAAAAAGGAUAAAAUGUUUCACUUCUGGGUGAACACCUUCUUCGUCCCAGGACCAGAUGAGAGCUCAGAGAAGGUUGAAAAUGGAGGUUUAGUGAAGGAACUGGAUGGAAAACAAACCACAGAACGGGGAGAGAAUGAUAAGGAUUAUCUAAUCCUGACUUUAGCCAAGAACAACUUGGAUUUACAAACACAUAAAUUUA